AUGUCCAACCGAACCACCAUGGCCGAGUUCCUGCUCCUGGGCUUCUCUAAUGUCCGGGAGCUGCAGAUUUUGCAUGUACUGGUGUUCCUGGUGCUUUAUCUGGCAGCCCUGAUGGGGAAUCUUCUCAUCAUCUCAUCUGUAGCCAUCAACCACCGUCUGCACACCCCCAUGUACUUCUUUCUGGGCAACCUGUCCAUCCUGGACCUUGGCUCCAUCUCCGUCACCGUCCCCAAAUCCAUGGUCAACUCCCUCCUGGACACCAGGUCAAUUUCUUACCCAGCCUGUGUCGCCCAAGUUUUUCUCUUUGUCAUCUUCACUUCAACAGAUCUUGCUUUACUGACCAUCAUGGCCUAUGACCGGUACAUGGCCAUCUGCCACCCGCUACACUACGAGUGUGUGAUGAACAGAAGAGCUUGUGUCCACAUGGCCACCGGUGCCUGGAUCACUGGUAUUGUCUACUCUGCCCUGCACACUGGGAACACCUUCAUGUUACCCUUCUGCCAGUCCAACGUCAUCGACCAGUUCUUCUGUGAUAUCCCAAAACUCCUCAAGCUGGCCUGCUCCGACUCCUACCUCAGUGAAGUUGGGGUUAUUGCCUUCAGUGUGUUUUUAGGUUUAAACUGCUUUGCUUUUAUCAUUGUGUCGUACGUUCAGAUCUUCAGAGCGGUGCUGAGAAUCCCCUCGGAGCAGGGCCGGCACAAAGCCUUCUCCACCUGCCUCCCCCACCUUGCUGUGGUCUCCUUGCUACUUUUCACCUCUGUGUUCGACUACUUGAAGCCCACCUCCAGCUCAGCAUCUAAUCUGGAUCUGGCGGUGGGUGUUCUCUACACCGUGGUGCCUCCCAUGCUGAAUCCGGUCAUCUACAGCCUGAGGAACAAGGAGAUCAAAACUGCCCUGAAGAAGCUGAUGGGCAAGUGGUUAACCUUCAUGGAGUGA